GGGUUCAGCUGAAACCCAAACACCAACCGUACAAGAUCUGCCGGCAAUGGCAGGAGCUGCUCUUACGGUUCACCAGCUGCCCCGUGGAUGAGAUCGUGGAAGAUUCAGGAUGAAGACGUUCUGCGGCUCUUGUACGAAGAGGCCAAGCACAACGUCCUGGAAGGGAGGUUUCCGUGUGACCCGGCCGAUUGUGACGCGUUGGGAGCCCUGGUUUGCCGAAUCAACUUAGGCCCCUACCACCCGGAGCAGCACACGGCUUCGUUCCUGAAAGAGAAGCUGGAUUGCUUCCUGCCCUCCCACCUUUGCCAUCGAGGCCACAAGCUCUUUUCCAGCCUUCGCAAACGGACCGGCUCCCGUCCGCCCGUCAGCGAGCAGGGUCUCCUGCGGGCCUUUCGCGAGGUCCCGGAGGCUGGGGCUUGCGAAGAACACGCCACUCUGCUCAGGUUGUACCACGCCUACCUGCAAAAGUGCCACGAACUUCCUUAUUACGGCUGUGCCUUCUUCUUUGGGGAAAUAGACAAGCCGGUUCAGGGAUUGCUACAUCGGGCUGGCCGCAAAGCCGUGACGGUGGCCAUUAGCCUGGAAGGCGUCUAUGUCAUGGACACCAAAGAGAAGUAUGUCCUGCUGGGCCUGAGGUUCCAGCAGUUAUCGUGGGAUCACACGGUUCCAAACGAGGAGGAACCUAUCCUGUGGUUGGAAUUCGAUGGGGAAAAUGAAGGCCAGCAAGUGAACAAGUUGCUCAAGGUUUACUCUAAGCAAGUAUGUGUAUGCUGGGGGAGCUAUUUGAACUUUAAUGGGUGUGUUUGUGUUUCCCAUAGUAAUUUACAUUACAAUUACCGUAUUUUUCAGAGCCCCGCCACGGCCUCGGUGCCCACGUCUGAUCAGCAGCCGCCCAAAAUUCAGCGACAGAGCAGCGUGCUCUGUAGCCGGAUCCAGCGCUUAGCCACCAUAGACUACGUUGAGGAAGGGAAAGAGAUCAAGCGGGUGAAACCUCGUCGUACGACAUCCUUCUUUGGCCGCCAGCUGUCGAACGCCCCUACCUCCUACUCAGCGGUACGGGCAGCUGAGAACUUAGAACAGGGGUGAUCCCCAUUUUUGUUCCUGGGGUAGAAAGGGGACCAGAUCACUUUGGGGGCAAGUUGACUCAAAGGCCAGCAGCCUUGACUCUGCCUCCAGGUUGUACUUGCUGCUCUACCUCCAACUCCCUGUGUAGAUUUCCUUACAGUGUCCGACUUCAUUCCUGUGCUCAGUCUUACAAGGGUUGGGGCCGUCAAGAAUCUACCAAGCUACCUUAAAUCCAGAUGUUUGAGUUUGUUCCUAGCAUUGCAGCAGAGCUGCCGUAAGAGAUCCGUUCUCCUUGCUUGCAUGUGUUACAUUUUCCCCCUCCAAACUUAUUUGGCCACGAGUUGUAAUCCUCAAUUGCUGAUUUCUUCCUGCUUCUGUAUGAUUUGGGGGGGGAGGAUUAUGUCACAAUCCCCAUCUUCUGUGUGAAUCAGAGUUGUUUGUAGCUCAAACCUUUGGAAUGAGACUCUGUUUGAGGGAAGGGGAGGCAUUUUGAGGUGGUGUGGGGGGCAGAAUGAUAAAAUGACCCCUUUUCUUUUUUUUUGCAAUGGACUGUAUAUUUGAGGAGGGUCUCUUUCCUCUGUGCCUGGAAAUUUCUGCGCUGUUUUGGGGGCUACUGGCUUCUCUUUUGUCCAACACCAAGAGAAAUGCAUCUGGGUGAUCGCUGGUUUGUAUCCCCCUCUGAAUUUCUGUUUGGAAAAAAGAGUCCAUCCCCCCCCCCCUUUAAAACAAACAGACUUCCAUUUUCAGGCUCUUGUUUGUCCACCUGUUGACUUUUACCUAGGGAGGUGUUGCAAUAAAAACAAGAAUUAAAAAAACA